AUGCGAUACAUUUUAGCCACCUUCAUGCUGAUUUCCUUCAGUGUUUAUCUGUCGAUGGGUCUACCGACUAUAGGACUACCAAAUGUGGAUGUGCAGAGUACACUUUGUGAAUUAAAUAUGGUUAAAAAAAUUCAAGAUUUUAUUUUAGCCUCGUCUGGACAAGAUCCUACAACGAUUAAAGGAUUCUUAGAAAAAGAUAAUUUAGAACAACAGAUCCAAAUUCUCAUAGCAACAUUAAUUAAACGUCUUGAUGAAGGACUAGGAGUUAUGGUGCCUACAGGAGGAUUAGCACCAGCACCUUAA